AUGAUAGUACAAGAUGAACUGGGACAAACUAAAGGAAUGGUUCAACAAAUGGCUAUUAGAGUUAAACUCAAGCAAGUACCGACGACCCUCAAGACCGACGACCCCUCGACACACCGACGACCCCUCGACACACCGACGACCCCUCGACACACCGACGACCCUCAACACACACGACGAUCCUCAACACACACGACGCGACCCUCAACACACACGACCCCUCAACACCGACGACCCCUCGACACACCGACGACCCUCAACACACCGACGACCCUCAACACACCGACGGCCCUCGACACACCGACGACCCUCGACACACCGACGACCCUCGACACACCGACGACCCUCGACACACCGACGACCCUCGACACACCGACGACCCUCCCCGACACACCGACGACUCUCAACACACCGACGACUCUCAACACACCGACGACCCUCACACACCGACGACCCUCAACACACCGACGACUCUCAACACACCGACGACCCUCAACACACCGACGACCCUCACACACCGAUGACGACUCUCAACACACCGACGGCCCUCACACACCGACGACCCUCAACACACCGACGACCCUCAACACACCGACGGCCCUCAACACACCGACGGGCCCUCAACACACCGACGACCCUCAACACACCGACGACCCUCAACACACCGACGACCCUCAACACACCGACGACCCUCAACACACCGACGACCCUCAACACACCGACGACCCUCGACACACCGACGACCCUCAACACACCGACGACCCUCAACACACCGACGGCCCACAACACACCGACGCCCUCAACACACCGACGGCCCUCAACACACCGACGGCCCUCAACACACCGACGACCCUCAACACACCGACGACUCUCAAACACCCGACGACUCUCAACACACCGACGACCCUCAACACACCGACGACCCUCAACACACCGACGACCCUCAACACACCGACGACCCUCAACACACCGACGACCCUCAACACACCGACGACCCUCAACACACCGACGACCCUCCACCCAGUUAUAAGGAGUGCUGCUCCACGUGACCAAUAA